AUGGACACGCCAAGCCGGCGCGGGUGCCGACGAGCGAGGUCGCUUUCCCUGCUGGCUUGGCCCAUCUGCCCAUACACGCGGGUGUGGGCACGAGAGGAUGUAACAUCCUUUCACGAGAAGUUGCGCCUCUUCGACGCACACGGACGGGGCGCGCGCGGCGAACGACCUCGCGGGAGACACGUCGGGCGUCCCGCGGACGCUCCGAUACGCGCGAUGAUGCGGGAGCCGGCGACGGUGGACGAGCGCGCGCCGCUUCUCCGCGGCGCCGGGUCCGGAUUUAACCGACGAGGUGCCUCCAUCCGAGGGUGCCUCGACGACGUCUCGCGCGUCGCGAGCAACCGGUGGUUUCGCGCGGCGAUGGUCGCCAAGAGCGCGUUCUUCACGCUCGGCACCGUCAUCCUGCUUCAUCACGGCACGUCGAUGUCCACGGGACGGACGCGGCGCGAGGGCAACGGGUACCUCGAGGUCCCGGCCGAGGCGCACUUCGCCCCGCUCUGGAGCGGCGACCACCUCCGCCAUCAUCCCGCCGCGGACGACCUGAACGUCGCGUGGUUUCCCGUGCACCGCGGCCGUUUCGUCAUGGACCAAGCCGCCGAACGGGCGAAGGACGCCGCGCGCGGCGGGAACCGCGCUAAGGACGACCGCAUGCCCAAGUGGCCGAAGCACGUCAUCGGCGGGGACGACUGGGCGGAUCUCGGCGUCGUCGCAAUGUCCGGCGCAUUCGGAGGCGCGAGGGAGAAGCAGCCCGAGUUUUGGUUCCACGCCGUGCCGGGAGACGUACCGGUGGUCUCCAUGGACGUCCGCGGCCACGGCGAAUCCGAACGCGGCUGGAACGCCCUCAGCGUCGACGACGCCUUCGACGCGGUGCGAUGGAACCUCAUGGCCAACGACGUCCUCGCAGUCGCCGACGACGCCAAAUUCCGCAGAGUCGUCUUGGUGGGCUCGUCCAUGACCAACGCGGUGGCGCUGUGGGCGGCGGUGAGCCCGCACGUCAAGGACCGCGUCGCGGGGGUUUUGCUCGUCAGGCCCGCCACGGGGUGGGAGAUCAGGGGCGAGGGGAUAUGCAAGCUGCGGAAAAUCGCGUGGACGCACGCGUCAUUCGCCAUGCUGCUUCGCCGGUCCAGGCGGUUCGCGGAAGGGGUGGCGGCGGACGAGCUCGACUCGGACGACCUGCCGCCGCUGCCGACGCCGGAGCUGACGUCGUCGCUCGUUGGUAAAUCGGAGCGCGUGCGGGAGGGGGACGCGAACGCGAAGGGGGGAUCCGAUUCGGGUGGAUCGAAAGGCGGGGCGCGAUCGGAUUCCGAGUCCGGGUGGGUGUCCAGGUGGGUGCUGAAGGGGAGCGCGUGGAAGCGGUACCGGGGCAACCCCGGGCUCGGGAAACCCUCGACGAAAGUCGAACCGCGCGACGAGGUGUACAAGUCCAUCAAGGAGCUCGACCCGGGACUGGACGGGUACUGGUCGAAGAUGGUGGAGAAGUACCUCGGGACGUCGACGGACGGCGCGAAUUACCUAGCCGCCGCGAAGCGAUACGCCGAAUCCGAGCCCGAGGAGUGGCGACGCAUCUCCCCGCUCGUGCCCCUUCGCUACCUAGGCGACAAGGUGAGCGAUUACCCCUCGCGCAGGGCGCUGCAGCUCUGGUUCGCGUCCCCGGCGGGGAACAAAACCCCGGUGAAGGUUAUCGCGUACAACUGGAGCAGGACGCACCGGUACGUCAUGGCCAAGGCGCUCAGGUUUCUCACGUGGGGCGACUGGUCACGGGAUUACCUCGCCGACGGCCACGACGGGUUGGCCCGGGACAUCGCGGAGUUUGUCGAGAAGGUUCGCCGACGCGAAGAGUCCAUCGCGGGCGGUGACUCACCGGGCGGCGGCGACGGGGGGAAAGAGUCGGAUGAAUUUUGGCGCGAGGACGAGGAGGACGAGGAACGCAUCGCGGGCGUGACCAGGGACGAGGACUGGGUGCGGAGCGACUACGUCGACAGCCUCGACUACGACGACGGAAACGCGGACGACGUUCGGGAAGACGACGACGACGAGGCGUCCUCCGCUCUCGGCCGGCGUCGCCGGAGAAGGACCACCCGCGCCAUGCACGGGUUGAUGAAGGAGAUCGACGCGCUCCUCGGCGCCGAGGACGCGGAGGACAUGGAGGCGGAGAUCGACUCGGUCCCCGGGCACGUCCUCGAGAAGGAGGCGACGCGGCUGGUGCGCGCGGAUGCCGAACGCGUCACCGCGCGGGGGCGCAGCCUCGACGACUGGCUCGUCGAAAAUUUCGGCCCCAAAAAAUCUCUCGCGUCGUUGGACCUCCUCGACUACUGCGACGGGCGGUGCUGCAGGCUCAAGACCCAGCUCCCGGAGAGCGGGUGGGUGCCGGAGAAGGCGCGGUCGGGGCCCGGGAUCCAGUGGGUGUUCCACGAGGAGCUCGCGUCGGAGGAGGCCAAGUGCUACGCCCGCGAGGCGGAGGACGCGGCGAGGGAGGAGAGACGCGUUCGAGCCGGCGGGAGACUGACGCGGGAGGAGCGCGUGGACGUGGAGGCUGAGCAGUUUUGCGUCGCCGUGAUCAAGGCGCGCGCGGAGGAGACGAAAUCGGCGGCGGAGGAGUCAAGGGCGACGCUGGCGGCUUCCGUGGGCGACGUCGAGAAGAGCUCCGCGGCGACUAGCUAG